GGCAGCGUGGGCCGCUCGCAAGGAGCCCGAACGGCUGGGGGAGGGGCGCCCGCCUCUUCGGGCUCGUCAGCGGCGCUCCGCCCCUCCCGCCGCCCCGCUCCCCGCCGGCCCCGCCGCCCCAGGCCUGAGCGGACGCGGCGCGGGAAGGAGCCGGUGUGGCUGCAGCGGCGGCAGGUACCCGGGUACACGACCCCUUUCUAGCCAAACGUGCUGGAGAAUAGUGCUGGUCUUCCCCGCCGGCGCGACAGUGGCGGGCGCCUUAGCGACGAGCCCGCGAAAUGGCCAAGCGUUGCUCACGGGAAAUGCUGUGCCUCGGGGCAUGCGCACGGAGAGUGCCGGUGCAGAGGCACGUGGAGUGCUGGGGCUACAGCCGGGCGCGUUUGGGGCGAGUGGUCUCCGUCAGGGGCUCGAAUGCCGGAAAUCCUGUGCGAAGGUGCCUCAGAAGUGACUUCUUCUCAAUACAGCGACCAUACAGGAUCAAAUAAAAAUGGUCAUCUGUUUUUCAAAUACUUGAGUUUGUUGUUUGUAACAGCAUGGUUUAUUGUGAAAAGUGAAUGAAGAAUCUUUCUGGACAUUUWAAAAAAUGCUUUGUGUGAGGCAGGUUUGCUUGUUUACAUUGAGACGUUACCAAGCUCGGACUCUAUGUAGUGAUCUGCUUUUGAGCCAGAUAAAUAGCUGCACCCAUGAGGAUGAAGUAUUCAGCCUUGUUGGAAGGAACAAGGCCAGACUUUCUGAAAAGCAUGUGGGAAUUGCAUUGAACAUGCUGUGGCAAUUGCAAAAGAAGAGGCCAUUUCUCUUAAGGACUAGUGACUAUGUAAGAAGUCACUCCCAGUUUCUUGCCCUUUGCAUUUUGGCAGAAAACAAGGUGGAACACAUGGAAGAUGAGGCCAUAGUGGACACCUUAUAUAGUGUCCUGAGGCUCAAUGCYGAAGACCACAUUUCUCUAGCAGAAGUGCUUGUUACAGAAGCAUGGAAAAGAUUAAAAAGGCUUAGUUUGCCAGCUCUGUCUAAAUUUGCACUGUGCUUAUGCAAGCAACAUAGGCACUUCAGUCCUGUAAUUGGCCAAGUGGCUCAUAUUGUGGACAUGAAACUGGAUUCUAUACAGGAUAUAAGGGUCUUGUCAGUUUUGAUGAUCAGCAUAUCUGAUGUUAUCACAGAGAGUUUUCGAGAUCGAUUACUACACAAGGCUGAGCAGCUCCUAGAAGAAAAGGAUGAAGUCCACUUCAACUAUGCUAGAAGAAUAGUACAGUUUCUCCAGAAUGUUAAGCUGAGAUAUCAUCCRUUGCUAGAAAAAUGCAACAGGAUUUUCCUUGAAAGUGCCUCCCAUAUUGAUGUCCACAGUAUGAGUCAUAUUUUYGGACUGUAUGAGCAGCUGGGUUUUGACAAUGCUGAGUUCCGCUUGAUGGCUAAACAACUGCUGUCUGAAUCUAUGGAUGAUUACUAUGAUCCUGAAACUUUUGUAAAAUUAUUUUUUGCUCUUGGGCCUAUGGCAGGAUCCAAGAUUAGAGAAAGGUUGCUAGUAACUGCAGCACACAUGGCAGAGGAAUUUAGCAGUCACCAAGUACUGGUGAUACUGAAGACGAUGCAGAAAAUGAAAUGCAGAAAUUCUCAUCUACUCAAAAAAAUGGCUUCUGUUCUGCACAAACACUUGGAUAGCUAUCAAGUAUUACAGUUGGUAAAGUUAACGCAGUACUUGGUGGCGUUACAUUGCCAGGAUCUGGAGCUGUUUGCCAAACUGAAAAUGUUACUAUUAGGUUACUUAAAAUUUAGUGUGAUACCUGCCAAUACUGCAGCCAUAAUUCGUGUUCUGGCCAUGCUUCCUUCUUUUCAAGUGGAGGAAAUGAUUAUAAACAAAGCAGCAGCAAUUCUGCCUCAAUGCAGGCUCCAGCAUUUGAAUUACAUUGCUACAGCUCUUGUCAAAUGGAAUCAUCAUGGCCAGUUACACUGGCAAAACAGUUCUGAGCUAUGUGCCAAACUUCUGCAAAAACUCAAUGAUUGUGGAUUUCAGAGGCUUCAGAAAGCCAACGACUUAAAUCUUCUGUUGGAAGAACUUACACAUGUGAAUGGGGAGUGGUUUGAAGAAGUCCUGAGUGAGGAAACUAUGGUCAUGUGUCAACGCUUGAUAGAUCAAAUAACGUGGGCAAAUGUAUUACCCUUGUCUAUUUUUCUCAUAAAAUCAGACCACCGUUGUCCUACAUUAUUUGACAGAAUAGCUUCUGUGACUGUUGAAAAUAUAGACAAGAUCCACCCCACUGAAAUCUAUUUUAUUCUCCUCCUUUUCUCUGCUUUGAAUUAUGACCCUCCUGACAAUGAAGACUUCUUUAACAGUUGUAUCCAACAUCUUACUUGUAACUUGAAUCAUCUGGAAACUUACCACUUGGUGUUGCUUGGUCAUGUUUUGGCAAUGGCUGGGUAUUUUCCUCCAGUUCUAAUAACAAAGAUAUUUAAUGUUUGUUUCCUAAGCAAACUGGAUGCUCAACUUAAAGUCCUGCCUGAUAAGGUGAAGCAGAGGGUCCACUCAAGCCUCAUGAAAUUGAACAGAGCAGUCUGUCUGGAAUGCCCAGAGUUUCACAUCCCUUGGUUUCAUGGGCCAUAUUGUCAACGUGUCUUUCAGAACAGCACGAGCCGAAAAAAUCCACUGCGACAGCAUAUUCACAGAAUCCUGACAGAGAUCUUAGGAGGGAGCCAUUACUCAAGAAUAUCUGUUCUCACACCAUACUACUAUGAAAUAGAUUUUGAGUGUGUCCUGGAUGUAAAUAAAAAGCCUCUGUCCUAUAUGGCUCAGAAUAUCCCUUUGGAUGGUGUGGGGCAAAUACACUUGAGACAUGACAUCAAGGAUGAAGGGACAAAGGYUCUGCCACCAGGAACUCAAAAAAUUGCUUUGGAGUUUCUUGAUUCAAAAGCUUUUAGCAAAGACUAUUCACGUYAUCUGAAAGGAGAACCCGCAGUGAAAAAGCGACAUCUGGAAAUGCUGGGGUACCGGGUAGUUCAGAUUUCUCACUUUGAAUGGAAUUCUAUGGUUCUGUCAACACAAGAUGAACAGCUGGAAUACCUGAGACAGCAGCUCUAUGGAAUACAGUGAAGUCAGACAUGCAGUCUAGAGUAGUUUUAUAAAAACAGUUUACGUACCAUCAAAUGCCUCGUAAUCCUGGAAUACUUAAGUUUCAAAAAUCUCUUUAUCUGUGUCACCUGGACCAAAGCUUGCCAAGGUCAUCAGAUGUAAAAAGAUUUAAUCCUCAAUUUGUUAGGGAUUGGAAAAGGUAAGUCACAGUGGAACAUGAAGAUGUGAUAAAGAUGCUUAAAAUUUCCUGUUGUCUGGAAGCUAUUAUGAAUACAUGAAUUUGGCAGUUUUGCCAUAAAAUUACAUUAUCUCCUAAAUAAAUAACACAGAGGUUUAGCCAGACAUAAAACUCUCCAAAAAAAAAGUUGGAAAUACUCUUGACUAGGAGAGUGGAGUAAGCAAUCUACUGUCUGUCCUCCAGCAUGUGGCAGAAGGAGCAGUUAGGAAUCAAACUGUAUCUUUACUGUGAAAAUGAGAAACUAAUGCAGAUUGAAAAGCAGAUUUACUAAGAAUAGUGGUGCUUUUAGAGCCAUUCAUUUUCCCUUCUUGGAACAGAGGUACUGUGGGGGACUGUGCCAGGGAAGCACAGUGUUGCGUGGUGAAGAACCUCCAGCUGCUUCUACCCUCUGAUGUGGUGUGUGCAUAGUAUGGCUGAGCCUUAUGGAGCACCCUCACAACAUAAAAACCCUGCCAAGAUUUGUGCAGGAGGCAUCAGACACUGAGAUGUAGAAGGAAGAAGUGGAAUGGCCAAGAGAAUGUUCACUGUAGAGAAGUAACUGUAGGGGUGGUCCAUGCUUGGCAAAUCAUUCCAUUUUCACAGGCAGCUACAUUGUGCCUACAGCUGCCAUCACCUUGGACAACUGCGAGCUGUGCCUCUUUUCUCACAUGUGCAAUGAGGAUAUAUUUUCUUGCUUAUUUAGUAGAAGCAGGAGACAUUCUUCUACCACUUCACUUGAAGCCUGGCAGAGAUAAUAAAACUGCAUUUCUGAAUUGGCCAUUAUACAUCUGGAUGUCACAUUGGGGUUUUUUACUAUUCAGUAGUAGAAGAAACGUUUUUUAUUAAUGCAAUACAAAUCAGGACAGGAAUGGAAAGUCAAAAAAAACCAACAGUACUGAUCUAAGCUGCAAGGUACUUUCCUUCUGAGGCAGCUCUCAUGUUUGUGGGAUGAUUGACAAAGCUAGUACACUAGACAUUUAAGGUUAUCAAAUGGACAAGGGCUCCAAGAUGUAAUGAGUGCUUUGAGAAAAUGACACGGAAAGCACAGCACACAGAAAGAUUAUUUGCACAUUAUAUUUUGCMUAAAAUGGAGAAGACAGUCAUAAAUACAGGUUAGUAUCUCAGAAGGUGGGCUACAGGGUGAAGAGCUGUGGCAUAACUCUGCUUAUGUACAGAUGGCCUUCAGGAAGCAACCUUGAAGUGUAAGAAAGGUGGCAGUGGCUGAAGKCAUCUGUCUUGGGUUGUCACUUGUUUUGAGCUGAACCCUGCUUUUCAGGGUUCUAGCAGUCAAUGUAACAAGCGAUUUGUCUUCAAAUUAUGUAUGGAUAAAGUUACAAGUAUGCACCAUGGGAAAGGGAUUAAAACUUAUUAUGAGUGGUCCAGAAAGUGCAUUGACAAAAAACAAAAAAAACCCAAUUCAGUAAAAUGUCUUGUCCUUGAUUCUUUGCAGUCAAUCUUUCCAUAAUAAAUUAGCAACUGUUAGAGUGGAUGGGUGGUGUAAACCAGUGAUCUAACUGAAGCAAAUAAAAAGAUGCUAAGAACAGCUGCAGGUUUGGGUACUAAAGGGCAUAAUAGAAAAAAUGUCCCGCAGAUUAAGUACKGGUGGACAGUAAUCUACUGAAAUGAGCUAUGAUGGCUGUGCCCUUCGCGUAUGCUUAACCCUGUCUCAUAGGAAGGCAAUGCCAGGAGUCAUUUGAUAGUUGGAAUUGCUGUUCAGUCAGGUGUGGUUGGAUUCUUUUCCAGUUUUCCUGCUACACCAGUUGUAAUUAGAUUUAGAUUAUGAAAKCCUUUAGAUUUAUGACACGCUAUAUGUGCAAAGGAGAAAUCCUUUGAGGAGAUACUCUACAAAAAAAUGGUAARCAUGCUGUGAAGAAAACUGAGCGCUCUAUUUUGGGCAAAGGCUGUACUAAGAAAUCUAUGUCCAGUCAAUAUGAUAGUGAUGAUGAGCUAAUCACUGAAAAAGACACCAUCAAGUGAUACUUUUAUGGUUUUAAAAACAAAGUUUAAUUGUUAAAAGUUUAAAUGUCAAAAUGCAUUAACUCUAUAGUAAAUGAAAAAAGUCACAAGUAUUUGCUGAUGAUAAUUCUUUUAGGAUUCUUUCAUGAAUGCUUGUUAYUGACCUCUGAUCUCUGAGAAAAACUUCCAUAAUAUAUUUGUUUUGGAAAUAAAUAUAAAAGCAUAAAAAAAGUGGAAAAUCCUUGUAAUCAGAAGUCUAAACGUAGUAGGUGAAACAGUAAWGCUACUAACCUUUCAUCUCCUCUGUCUGCUUGUAUAGUUUUGGCUGAGACUGGCAUAUAUUAUAGUAUUAAGCCACUUUUGUUUACARCAUUAAGUUAAAUUCCAAGCUAAAUUAUUUUUAUGAGGUCUGUGAUGAAAAUACUUCCAAGAUACCGCUGAAGAGUGCAGGAUUUACAUGCAUUACUAAAAGGGGAAAUCCACCCAUACAAACAGCCAGUUAGAAUAAAAUUA